AUGAAACAAAGAUUUUUGGAUAAAGGAUACCCCGAACCACUUUUAGGAGAAGCUAUGAACAAAGCACUAGCAAUUCCAAGACAAGACACUCUUCAUAAUAAAACCAAGACCUCUGAACCUCACAACGUCGCACCAGCCUUCAUCACAAAAUACAACCAUCAAUCUCACACAAUACAGAAGAUCUUGAGAAAACAUCAAGGAAUCCUCAAGAAUGAUCCAACACUUUCUAAAUUCCUCGACGAUAGACCCCAAAUUAUUUUUACCAAGGCCUCCAACCUCCAACUCAUGCUGGCACCCACCAUCAAAUUUUUCAUCACUACUAAUAGCCAGGAAUCCAUCCACGGUUUUACCAGAUGUGUGAAAUGCAAGAACAACCCUUCCCUGGUAGUAACAACUACGGGUUUCUCAACUUUAAACGACAAGGAAGAAUAUAAUAUUACAA